CGCAGUCAAGAAAAACGAACCCUCGAAUCUUUAUUACACGAUGGAAUCUUACACCACUGCCACUAUCACUCCUUACCCACUUUCAACACCCACCGCCGCACUUCCAACCCACAUACCAGAGCUCUCCAUUCGCAACAUCACCGCAAAGCGCACAGAAAACCUCCCUCCCCCUCCUUCGAAGGAGCAAGUCCGCAAAAACAUCCGCCGUCUAGCCAUUGGUCUCGGCCUUCUCAGUCUCGUAAUCUUCAUCGUGUUCUGCGCCUGGAGCGUCUUCCAACUCUACAGAGGCCGCAAAGAAGCUAGAAAGCAAAAAACGCGCAAUAAAGAUAUUGAGAUGGCUUCCGGCCAACGCAAUACUGUUACACCUGCUGCUGCCCGCGUUAAUGGAUCUACCGCUCCUCUAAACGGCAAAGAUUCUGACUUCACUGAAGUUGAUAUUGACAGCCCAGACCGCGAGGAAGAGCGAUCGGGUAUGCGUGUUCCUUCAAGUGCCCGUGUCAACGUUCAUGGUGUUAACUUCGAUGUUGUCGAUGUAUCGGCUCUUCAACACGGUGGCCAGAAGAGCAGCGAGGGAUGGGAGGAUCGUUUGAAUGCUCUCCUCGGACGCUAA